GUGCCUGUUGGUAGGAAGCUGCCUGCGGUCCACUCUGGGCCGGGGUGAGGGAGGUGAGGGGCCCUGGUAGUCAGGGUGGUAGUGGCGGUUCUAGUUGAAGCGGACGUCGGUGCGAGUGUGCAGUGAAGAGGGUGCCAUGGAUGAUCAGGGCUGCCCCAGGUGUAAGACCACCAAGUACCGGAACCCUUCGUUGAAGCUGAUGGUGAACGUGUGCGGACACACGCUGUGUGAGAGUUGUGUGGAUUUAUUAUUUGUGAGAGGAGCAGGAAACUGCCCAGAGUGUGGUACUGCACUUAGGAAAAACAACUUCAGGGUACAACUCUUUGAAGAUCCUGCUGUUGACAAGGAGGUUGAGAUUCGGAAAAAAGUGCUAAAGAUAUAUAAUAAGAGAGAAGAAGACUUUCCUAGUCUCCGAGAAUAUAAUGAUUUCCUGGAAGAAGUAGAAGAAAUUGUUUUUAACUUGACCAACAAUGUGGAUUUGGACAACACCAAAAAGAAAAUGGAAUUAUACCAAAAGGAAAACAAAGAUGUCAUUCAGAAAAAUAAGUUAAAGCUGACUCGGGAACAGGAGGAGUUGGAAGAAGCCUUGGAGGUAGAACGACAGGAAAAUGAACAAAGAAGACUAUUUAUACAGAAAGAAGAACAACUACAGCAGAUUCUUAAGAGGAAGAACAAGCAGGCUCUUUUAGAUGAACUGGAAAGUUCAGAUCUCCCUGUUGCUCUGCUUUUGGCUCAGCACAAGGAUAGAUCUACCCAAUUGGAAAUGCAACUUGAGAAACCUAAACUAACAAAACCGGUGACAUUUUCCACAGGCAUCAAAAUGGGUCAACAUAUUGCAAUAGCACCUAUUCAAAAACUUGAAGAAGCUUUAUAUGAAUACCAACCAUUGCAAAUAGAAACAUGUGGACCACAAAUACCUGAACUUGAGAUGUUAGGAAGGCGUGGGUAUUUAAACCAUGUCAGAGCCGCCUCACCACAGGACCUUGCUGGAGGUUAUACUUCUUCUCUUGCUUGUCACAGAGCACUACAGGAUGCCUUCAGUGGGCUUUUUUGGCAGCCCAGUUAACCUUUAUUUCUCCUUUAGGAGAUCUGGACCUUAUAGACUAACCAGGUUAUUAGCAGAAGUAAAACAAACAUCAGAUUAUAGCUAAGUGCAGCUAUGUACUAUCACUAGCAGCUAUAUAAGUAUUUAUAAAGAACAUUUCAGAAUUAAGCUGAGUAGUAUAGUGGAUAAAUAUUUGUGAAAAAGAUUUUUUAUAUUUUUCUGAGAGGGAUUGAAGCCUUAAGCCUCAUCUAAUGGAAGAUAUGAAUAAUUCGCUUAUGUAUGCUUGAGGUUGACACACUUGUAAAAUCUCUUAAAAAAUAAAGCUAGACUUUAUAUUAA